AUGCAGUCGGCAUAUGGAACGCCGAUGUCAUCAACAUCUAACAAAACUCCGCGAACCCGGCGAAGAGCAAUUUCACCAUGUGGAACUCCACAAUCACCAUUUUCAUUGAUUGAUUUGGACGCGGCUGAUCGAGAAACUUUGAAAAUCAAAUUGCUGGAAGCUGAACAGUUAUUAGAAGAAACUAGACAAGAAAGAGAUGUAGGUUUUUUGUUAAACAUUCAAUUUUAUUUUUAAAACAUUUUUUUUCAGAAAAUCCACAUGAGUUUGUUGAAUGAGGCUGGACUUGAUGAAAGUAUUAUUGUUGAAACUUCGAAUCGUGUUUCGACACAGGAAACUAAAAUCUAUCGAAGAGAUCGAUUAGUUUUGGAAGAUGAAUUGAAGCAAAAACAACAAUUGGUUGGACAAUUACAAUCUCGAAUCACACAAUUGGAAAAUGAUAAUCAAAAACUUCUCGAGGAUUUGAAAGCGUCUAAUAGAAAAUAUGAUGAUUCAGAAUUCAAUACAAGUUUAGCUAAAGAGCGUUUGAAUGUUGUUGAGGAGGAAUUGCGGAAAAAAGAGGGUUUGCUGAACAAAUUGCAAGCAGAAAUGGCGGGUUCUUCACGAUCAGUUGAUCAAAUCAUCGCCGAUUUUGAAUCGGAAAUUCAAUUAUUGACAAGAAGAUUAGAGAACGCAACAAAAGCAUUGGAGCAAGAGCGAAAGGCGAAAAUUGAGGUGGAAGGGCAAUUGGCAAAACUGCAAAAAUCUUUGGGAGAUUCUGCGAUUCGUCGAAGUCUUGAAGCUGAAAAUGAAAGAAUUGCUGAAACUCGCAAAGUUUUGAGUGAAGUUCAGCAAUUAUCGAAUAAAGUCGAGUGUUUGACACCGAUUCGCCCGAAGAAUCAACAACUUGAAGAGCGAGAUGAGUUAUUGAAAAUGUCGGCAAAGUUGAUCGAGGAGAAUAUAAGCGAUUUGAAGAGGCGAAAUAUGCGUUUAGAAAAAGAGGUUUUGGAUAAAAAAGAGUUGUUGGAAACAGCGAAUGGGGAAUUGAAGCAACUUCGUGAACAAUUGAAAGCAUUUGAGGGGAAUGCUGAUCAAGCUGCUCGAUUUUUACAGGAUGAAAAUGCUAAAUUAACCCUUCAAAAGGCUGAUAUUCGCUGCGAACUUCUUGAAGUUAAAAGGAGAUUGGUUGCGGUACAAAAUGAGAAAGAUGAUGAGAAUAAGACGGUUGAAAAAGCGCUGGAAGAUGCGAAAAAACGAGAGGAAGAAUUGGAAAAUCAAUUGGAAGUGGUGAAAUCAAUUCGAAGGAAAAAUGAUGAAGAAAUUGUGAAAAUGCAAGAUAGGCUAAGUGCGAUGAAAGACGCUCUAAUGGUCAGCGAUCAACAAUGUUCACAAUUGAAUAAUUUGAAAGAGGCGGCAGAGAAAUCGAGAUCUCGAGCUAUUCAACAAUGUAAUGAGAUGGUUGUGAAGAUUCGGAAUCUUGAAUCAGCGCUGGAGAAUCAGAGAAAAGUCGAGCAGGAAUUGGAACAUUUGCGAGCUGACAAUGAACGACAGAAGGCGAAGAUUCAAUUUUUGAAUGAGGAAAUUCAGGAGACACAUGCUGAUUAUCGAGAAGAGUUGACGAAGUUGGCCAAAGAGAAUUCGGCGAAAAAAGAGCAGAGUGAAGAUUAUAAUCAAGUGGUUAGUUUUUUUUGUUAAAGAGAGACACUGUGAGUGAUAGAGACGCAGAGAAACUCUAUGAUAAUUAGAGAUUGUCUGCGUCUCUUCCUCUAACAUUGUCUUUCCUGGAACAUUUUGGUCCUCUUUGGGCUCAAAAAUUUUAGCUGAAUCAAAUUUGGGAGCUCAACAUUUCCUUGAAGUUCUUGAGUUACAGAAAAUUGCAUUUUUGCUUUUUCAAAAAAGUCUAGUUUGGAAAAAAAAACAGAAAAGUCUACUUUGAACUCUUGAAAAGUCCAGUUUGAACUCUUGAAAAGUCUAGCUUGAACUCUUGAAAAAUCUACUUUGAACUCCUGAAAAGUCUAGUUUGAACUCUUGAAUAGUCUAGUUUGAACUCUUGAAAAGUUCAAACUGGACUUUUUCUUGAAUAGUUUUUGGAAAUUUUUUUUCCAGGUCUCCUCCCUAAAACUACAAAUCUCCCAACGAGAAAGCGCUCUCCGUGGCGCCAAAAAACAAUGCGACGAGAUCCGCCAAGACAACGCGAAACUCGGCGAAUUGGUCGCCGACGCACGUCGCCGACAAACCGAGGUCGUCGAGGAGAAUGCGAAAUUGCGCAAGGGACUCGCGGAUGCGGUGGCGAAAAUCGAGGAAUAUCGCAGGGAUUGCGAGAAUGCCAAGGAGAUGUCGCAAAGAUUGGCGGAGGAGUUGGGCGAGAAAGAAAUUCGAUUGGUGAGAAGGGGAAAUUUGAUUAUGUCUGGGGGAUGUUUUUCUGGGCGUUUGGUGAAGAAAAAUUCAAAAAAAAAAAGAAAAAUAGUAAAAUUCCCACAUUUUUCAUUAAUUUUAAUGAGUUUUUUUCGGUAAUUUUAAUUCAUUUUGUUGCUCUUUUGAUUAUUUUGGUUUACACGUGGAUUUUGGAGCUCAAAAAUCUUGAAAAGCCGAGCUCUGCACCAAAAUAUAAUUUCGAAUUUAAUUUCAGAACAAAAUGGACGAAGAGCUGUGCGAAAAACAGCAACAAAUUUGUGAAUCCGAACAAGUUGUCAAUUAUUUGCAUAGCCAAAUCAAUAUGAAACCAAAAAAUCAACCGAAAUUGGGAAGACGCAGCACACUUUUGAGCACUGUUUCAGAAUCGGUCAUGGACACUUCAGCACUUGUGAGUUUUGGGUUUUUGGAGUGAUAUACCGUGUAAAAUGGCUCGAAUUCGUUGUAUUUUGGGGUCUUUUUCUUUUCAAAUAUCGAUUUUCAAGAGGGCUGAUUCACAAACGAAAAAAUGUUUUAAAAUGUUUUUUAACAUCGAACACACCCGUUCAAGCCACGCAAUGAGUGUUUUCUACUGUAAAACGAAAAAUCUGCGAAUGAAAAAAACUGUGCAAACACUUUUGUCUAAUUCUCUCUGUUCGCCGUUAUAUUUCGCACUACAGUAUUAAAGGAACAUGAUAGAUUUGAUGUGUUGGGUCUUGUCGCGAUCGCUAACUUUCUUCGCAGGACCUCAAAAAAUAAGAAAAGUAGCAAGUCAGGUAGAACUCGAUGCGCUGAUUUUCAUGCUAUAUUUAUUUUUUCACGAAGCUUAUCUAGGUUUUGAGCUACAGGGUGCACCGUUUUUACAGCGUUUUGCUGAUUUUUGUGUUGCUUGAGCGGGUGUGCGAAAAUUCAAUUCACGAAAAGUCAAAAAAUGUCGAAAAAACAUUGUAGGUCAAAAUUAGUUUUUCGAGUUUUUCAGCCAAAAAUGAUGACAAAUCAAUAAUUUUCAAGCUUCUGGAGGAAUUUCUGAUGAAAAUUGACCUUGAAAUUCACUUUCCAGAAAUUUUUGCUGAAAUAAAAAAAUUUAAAUUUUGAUGAAUUUCGAAAAAAUUAAUAAAAUAAAGCAGAGCUUAUUUUCAUCAGAAAUUCCUCCAGAAGCUUGAAAAAUAUUUAUUUGUCAUCAUUUUUGGCUGAAAAACUCGAAAAACUAAUUUUGACCUACAAUGUUUUUUCGGCUUUUCGUGAAUUGAAUUUUCGAUGUUAAAAAACAUUUGGGAAAAAUUGCUUAAGACAUUUUACACGGUGUUUCACGCUGUAAUCUCAGAUUUCACCUUUAAACCAUAUUUUUCCACAGAGCCGUGAAUCUGAAGAAGUUCUCGAACUCGAAAACACAAAACGUGAACUUUUGCGAACUUUGGAAAUGAAACGAAGAAUGGUGGAUGCUCAGCGAAUGGCUGAAACUAGCACCACCACCACAACCACAACAAAAACAGUGGAAAAUCAAGUGACUACGGUAGCUACAGUAUCCUCGCAAAGUGAUUUGAAUAGCGGAAAACCGGGAACAAUGCGACACGAUAUUCCGCAUAAAUGGAAAGAAGUUCGACAUUUGAGUGUGUUGUCGUUGAAGUGCGCAAUUUGUUUUGUUGGAAUCUCGACGGUUUGUAUUUGUUGAUUUUUUUGGGAAGAGGGGGAGGAGUUUUGAACCGGAAGAUGUUUUUUGUGAAAUUUAGAGCUUUUCAUAGAGGCUGUCAGGUUUUUGGCCUUCAAUUUUCGAAAAAAAAUUAUAGAUUUGAAUUUUUUCAGUUCUGACGAAUUUUUUAAGCUUGAUUUUGAUGAGAACCUUGAAUUUUCGCAAAAAAAAUUUGAAUUUUACAGUUUUGCCGCUUUUUAGCUUGUUUUUUUUUGGCGGGAAAUUUAAAUUUUCGAAAUUUUUAAAAAUUAAAUAUUUGAAUUUUUCAGUUAGUUUUUUAGCUCAAGUUUUGAAAUUCGAAAAUUUGCCACGUGGAUUUUUUUCCUGAAAUAUUAAAAAAUUCACCAUGUUUGAUCUCAAAAUGUUGCAAAUUUUACGAUAAAUUCAAAUUUAGAGAAAAACAAUUUGCCACGUGAAUUUUUUUCCUGAAAAAUCUGAAAAAUCUCUGAAAUUAAUCAAAGUUUUACAGAUUUCACAAAAAAUUCAAAUUUCGAGAAAAAAAAUCUGCCACGUGGAUUUUUUUUUCUGAAAAUCUGAAAAAUCUCCGAAAUUAAUCAAGUUUGAUCUCAAAAUUUUCCAAAUUUCACCAAAAAUUCAAAUUUUGAGAAAAAAUCUCAAAAUUCUCCAUGUUUGGUCUCAAAAUGCUCCAAAUUUUACCAAAAAUUCAAAUUUCGAGAAAAAAACAUCUGAAAAAUCUCCGAAAUUGAUCAAGUUCGAUCUCAAAAUGCUCCAAAUUACAAAAUUAAAAUUAUUUUUUGCAGUUCGGAAAAGCGAAAAAGUGUGCACAUUGCGACGUUCAAGUGCACGCCGCAUGCGCCGCCAAAGUCUUCAACACUUGCGGAAUGCCAACAGAAUGCGCCAAUUAUUAUCGCGAAAAUCACACGACUAUCAGCAGCUCCGCAAUUUCCGAAGGCCGAAUGAAUGGCUGGCUGAAUGUCUAUCGAGACAAUCAAAAUAUCCAAAAAUGGGUCUCGUCUUGGGCAACAAUGGAUGUGUCGAAAAUCGCAUUCUACACAAAUGACGGAGCUGAUUUGGACAAACCCUAUUUCACAAUCGAUUUGAAUCGAGAACAAUGGGUUUUGCGGGCUGGAAUUGAAAUGCCAAUUGAUUGCGAGAAAACACAAAUGAAAGCGAGCAAUGUGAUUUUGAUUAAAAUGCCCGGAAAGAAUAUAUAUCUAUUGGCGCCGUCGCAAAAUUCGGCGAAAAGAUGGGCGGAAUGCUUGCAGAUUGCUCAAAGAAAGCGAAUGAUGCUCACUUCACGACCUACCCUGAUGGCUGAAUAUACAUGUUUGCUGGUGUUGAAUUCGCCGAAUAAUUUGAAGAUUUAUAAAUCGUAUUGUUUCGAUGAUUGGAUUCUAUUCGCCACGCAAACUGGAUUGUUCUACACAAGUGUUAGCCAACCACGAAACCCCGUGCGAAUUGCGGGAAUGAAUUCGGUGACAGCCAUGGAACAUAUGGCAGAGAUUAAUUGUUUGUCAUUGGUGACGAAUUCGAAUGGACAAUUGUCGUUGAUUCCGAUGGAUUCGUUGAAUUUGGCGAUGCAGAGUACGCAACCGUCGAUUCGGCCCGAUGUUUUGCCCGAGUUUCAGCAUUGUGGAAUUGUUAAGUAUCAUCAGCAGAAUCGACAGAGGUUUGUGCUUUUGAAAUUUUGAAUUUGAAGCAUUUUGAACCUAAACAUGAUGAUUUUGGGAAAAAAUCUGCCACGUGGAUUUUUUUUUGAAUUUUCCGAGAAAAAAUCCACGAUUCAAAGAAUAUAAAAAUUUAUAAAAACUUUGAAACAGUAAUUUUUUAGAAAAAUAUUCUGCUUUUUUUUGUUGAAUUUUAAAGGAAAUUUUGAAACAGCUCACAGGCUCCUCCAGGCGGCGGUGUGAAAAAAAAAUUGCCACGUACACAAAAUUUCGUUGUUUUUCACGUUUUUAUUUUGCAGUUUUUCAUCUUUUUAAAAACAAAGUUUGAGGUGAAUUUCGAAACUUUUUGAAAAUUUUUGAAAACUAAGUUUGUAGAGGGGGAGAUUCUCUACAAGAUCAUAUAAAUUUUAUAUGGAACUUCGACGAUUGAACAUGAGUUUUUGAAGCGGAAAACUAUGAUCGUUUUCGAAAAUUUCGGAAAAAGUUUGAAAAUUUUUUACAAAAGUUUGAGACUUUUUUUCAAAAAUCGGCUCGCAAUGAAUUGUUCAGCGCAUCGAGCUCUACAAAAUGGUGUAUAUCAUGUAUGGUGAAACUUUAUCUCCACAGAUCCUUUGCGGUUCAAAGUUUGAUCACCUGUUUCAGAACAAAAAUUGGAAUGAAAACUGCAUCGUUAUACUUUAUUUCGAAUAGUUUUAGAUAAUAUUAAGUCAUAUCUGAAUUACAAUGACUGGUUCAAUAACCGAAAUUGAGGAAAAACAGUGAGAACAUCUCAAAACUGAAAUCAACGAACAAAACUAACAACAAAUUUGUUAAUCAACGAAAACUCAUCUAUUUCUCCUUAAACUUCCUAUUAUUAUCAAAAACAUUAUAGUUUCAUCAUAUACAUCAGAAAAAAACAAAAAAUUGUUCAGAAACUCGUAUAAUCAUAAAAAACUUAUCUAAAUUUGAUUCUGAUAGAGGUGAUCAAACUUUGAACCGCAAAGGAUCUGUGGUGAUGAAGUUUCACCAUACAUGAUAUACACCAUUUUGUAGAGCUCGAUGCGCUGAACAAUUCAUUGCGAGCCGAUUUUUUGAAAAAAAGUCUCAAACUUUUGUAAAAAAUUUUCAAACUUUUUCCGAAAUUUUCGAAAACGAUCAUAGUUUUCCGCUUCAAAAACUCAUGUUCAAUCGUCGAAGUUCCAUAUAAAAUUUAUAUGAUCUUGUAGAGAAUCUCCCCCUCUACAAACUUAGUUUUCAAAAAUUUUCAAAAAAAUUUCGAAAUUCACCUCAAACUUUGUUUUUAAAAAGAUGAAAAACUGCAAAAUAAAAACGUGAAAAACAACGAAAUUUUGUGUACGUGGCAAUUUUUUUGACACCGCCGCCUGGAGGAGCCUGUGCAGCUAAUUUUUAAUUUUUUUUGAAAAAUUGUAUCAUCAGAAAAAUUUACUGUUUCAAAGUUUUUAUGAAUUUUUAGAGCAAAUUUUUUAAAACUGUUAACGCUUCUCUUAUUCUGAGAAUAUUUUCCCGAAAAUCAGGAUCAAACUAGAGUGUAGUUUAGCAUAGAAAUUGAUGUUUGGUGUCAAAAUGCUCAAAAUUUCGAGAAAAAUUCAAAAUUUCAUGAAAAAUCUGCCACGUGGAUUUUUUUCCAUGAAAAUCUUUUGAAAGCAUUCUACUUUUUCACAGUUUUUAUAAAAUUUUAGGUUGAGCUUUGGUUUCAAAAUCAAACUAGAGUGUAGUUUGGCAUAGAAAAAUUCAAUUCUCUAUUUCAAAAAGUUUCAGAACAAAAAUCACUAGAAAAUAGUUUUUUUGGAAAACCCAAUUUUCUGACAAAAAAUCUUCCACGUGGUUUUUUUUUCCAAAAAUCUGAAAAAUCUCCAAAAAUUUCCACAGAUUACUCCAAAUUUCAAAAAAAAAUCACAUUUUAAGAAAAUAUCUGCCACGUGGAUUUUUUCUCGAAAAAUCUCAAAAAUCCAUAAUUGUUGGUAUCAAAAUGCUUCUAAUUUCACCAAAAAUUCAAAUUUCAAGAAAAAAUCCACGUGGCAAAAAGAAAAAAAUCCCAAAUCAUUUUCUAUGCCAAACUAAAGUCUAGUCUGUUACCCGGCUAUCUCUAGAACUUUUUUUAAAUUAAAAUCAAUAUUUUUGCAGAUUCCUGAUAGCCACCGAUCCAACAUCAAUCUCAAUCCUCCGCUACAAUCCAUCUCGCGAUGUUUUCUGCAAUUUCGCCAAAAUCCCCGUCACAGAACCAGUUGUCAGCAUCGAAACCUCACCAAAUGGCAUCUAUUUCGCAGCCGACACUUUCUAUUUUGUAUCCCUCGAAAAUCAAACAUCAGCUCAAACUUUUCACCAAUUAGUUCCACCAAAAGAUGGCGAUUAUCCAUUGAGUUGUAUUAUAAUUGGAGAAAAUGAGCUGCUAUUGGCUUAUCAGAGUAAGUUGAAUAGAUUUAGGGAAUCUAUACAUACUAUAUGAUUUUUUUCCAGAUUACGGUAUCUUCAUCAAUGCCCAAACUGGUCGAUUAUCGCGGCGAGACCCGGUUGAAUGGGAGCAAAUGCCGAUGGAAUUCCUCUACACCGCUCCCCACCUUUUCGUGAUUUAUUACGACUCGAUUGCGAUUUUGGAAGUGGCGGAAAGCGACGGAAACUUUGAAACCAGGCCGUUUUUAGCGGAACGUGAAGUUUUCGAGUGUGUAAAUGCACAUAUUAUUGGAAGACAGAUGGAUAGUGUUUUGAUAUCUGUAUCCUCUCAAAAUUCCACGGAAGUUCAUCGAUUUAACACAAGUGGAAAUCGAAGAAAUGUUCAGAAAAGGAGAGGAAUCUCACCGGCUGAUACUUUAAAAAGACAUAAAUAUUAA